GAAUGAGUAAAUAAGAGCAACUCAGGCAAGAGUGUGGCUGGUGAAUAAGCAGAGAGAGAGAACAGGUUGAUGGACAUGGAGGUUGGCACAGAAAUGUCAGUGAGAGCUGAUUAGCUGGAAUCAUGGUCAUGUCUGAAGAUCAGGCACACACAGCAGAGAUGCGACUCUUGUGCAAUCCCAGUCACACCCACUUCAGCAGCAGCUCAACAUACUCUGACAGUCUGAGCCCAGUGCGCGUCUGUGCGUGUGCGCCGCUUCUCUGUCUUCUCCGCGCUCAGCCGGACUCUCCUUCCCUGGGUUACAGCAGCGACAGCAGGAGGAGCAGCAGCAGCUGAAGCUUGUGAAGGGAGCCCCCUGUAUAACAGCCAAAGCCACGGGACUCAUAAAGGAGCUCGGUGAGAUCCACAGCUACAAGUAGUGAAGGACCCCCGGCUACACAGCGCGCUAAGAAAAGCGAGCGGCACCUUGGAGCAAGAAUGUUAUCGCUCUCCCCAUCUCCUAACAGCGGCGUCAGGUAGUUUCCCCAGGUCCCUAAUGUGGAACUGAUGUUCAAUUCAGAAGACUAUUAAAGAAAAUGAUGCCAUGGAUUUUCUCUGAAGAUUCCUUGAUUACUUCCUUUGGCUAAAUGAGGAGUAGCCAUGUUAUUAUGCUGACAUCUAAGCAUGAAUUUGGUAGACCUGUGGCUAACACGCUCCCUCUCCAUGUGUCUGCUCUUACAAAGCUUUGUCCUAAUGAUACUGUGCUUUCAUUCUGCCAGUAUGUGUCCCAAAGGCUGCAUCUGCUCGCAUACAGGAGGCUUAAAUAUCAGUUGCAGUAACGCGAAUCUCAAGGAAAUACCUAGAGACAUUCCUCCGGAAACAGUUAUACUCUACCUUGACUCCAAUCAAAUAACCUCAAUCCCUAAUGACAUUUUUAAGGAUCUCCAUCAACUUAAAGUUCUCAACUUAUCAAAGAACGGAAUUGAAUUUAUAGAUGAACAUUCUUUUAAAGGUGUUGCUGAAACCCUGCAGAUUUUGGACCUGUCAGACAAUCAGAUUAAGAGUGUUCAUAAGAAUGCAUUCCGUAACUUGAAGGGAAGGGCCAGGAUUGCAAACAACCCGUGGCAUUGCGACUGUACUCUACAACAAGUUUUGAGGAGCAUGUCUUUAAACCAUGACACAGCUAGCAAUGUAAUCUGCAAAACGUCUGUACUGGAUGAACAUGCCGGACGGGCUUUCUUUACACAUGCUAAUCAUGCAGACCUUUGCAAUCUUCAGCAAAAGACUACUGAUUAUGCCAUGUUGGUCACUAUGUUUGGCUGGUUCACCAUGGUGAUAUCUUAUGUUGUAUACUAUGUAAGGCAAAAUCAGGAGGAUGCACGCAGGCAUCUUGAAUACUUGAAAUCCCUGCCAAGCAGGCAAAAGAAACCUGACGAAGCUGAUGACAUUAGCACUGUGGUAUAGUAUCAAGUUAUUAAGAAAAGACGGGGGAGGAAAUGGGUAACCGUUUCAAUAUCAUUAGAACAAAGAUGAGUUCUAAUUUUUUGCCGGAAAACCUCUAUGCCUUUCUAAAAUAUACAGUAGGUGAAUUUUACUGCUGUCUAAGAACAAUACACGUCAUCUUUCUUUAAAUAGUACCUAACACGUCUUUGAAGGUAUUCCAGUCAAGUACAUUAUUCUGUAAGUAAUUAGGAUACAUUUCACUAUUGAAUAAUGAAAAAAUUAUUUUUUUAAUUCUUAAGUAAAUAAAGGACUUGAACUGUGGAAGACUUAGCAAUCUAUCAUUCUUUAAAACGUGAUUACUAACAGGGUUAAGUGAUUUAUUUUUAUAGGCUAGUACUCAUUAUGCAAAACUGACUGUAACUGAAAACAAAAUUCUUGUAUACAGUAUGUAUGUGUGUGUAAAUAUAUAUAUAUAUAUAUAUAUAUAAGUCUAAGGUAAAUGA